UGUUUAAUUUCCGGGUUAUUUAUCACAUGUACCUUUUGUGAAUUUCAAACUUUGUCCAGCGGUUAUCAUUGAACAUGAACUGUGUGACAACUAGUGAAAGACUGCCAGGUGAGUGCAUUUGGUUUUAAAUGCACCAACAGGCUCUUGCAUUUGCGGGAUGUAACGUUAGCAUAUUAUUGCCCUUAGCUUAGCGAACAGCUGAACAGACUGAGGAUGAAGUCACCUUUUGUGUUCAACAGAAACAAUUAACUCUGUUUUUUGCUUUAAGUCAGGGUUCUUGCUGGAUUAAGGUCGAGCUAACAUUUUAACGUGAAUUAUUUAUUUUACAUUAGCAUUUAAUGAUUAUUUGGACUGUCAACGGUCGUUGAGGAGAGGGUUACUCAUGAGAAGUCAUCACUUUAAUAGACAAUCUUUGGUUUAACUCUUCUCAAGCUUCUCAUCAUGUUAUCUUACAGUUUAAGAAACGUCUGCAUAUUAAAACCCUCACAGUGCAGAAUAACACGGGCUCUGCAACACACCUGGAGACACUGCAGUACAUCACCGAGUGAGGGUUUGGAUCAGGUCAGGACUUUGCUGCAGCUCUGUGUGGACAGGUACUAUGUUUCACCUGGCCAGACUAACACGGAGCUGUUUCAGCGGGGGGUGAGCUGCAGUUAUGGCCCCCUGGGCACGGAGCUGAGGAGAAACCUGCUGGAGCAGUGGUGGCACUCUGUGAACAGCUCCACAGAGCAGGUGUUUGGGAUAAACACUCUGAGCAGCAGCAAGGACACAGGAACAGAUGCACUGAGGAUUGUUGAGUGUGAACCUUUAAAACACAUACUUGAACAGCAAGAACUGAGCAAGGAGCAGCUCAUCCAGAAGAUACAAACGCUCAUUCAGAGGUCCCCAUCUCUGAGGGAAAACUUUCUUCAAGGUGCCUUGGAGCAAUUUGUCCCCUCGUUGGAGCUGGUAAACAGGAAGCUGCCUUUUGGUCUGGCUGAGACUGGUCUGUGUUUCCAUCCCUCAGAUGGCUCUGGUUGCCCAGCUGAGGUGACCCAGACGUCUCUGGUAUGGUUCUGCCCUCCUCGUACGUCUUCCCAGUGGUUGGAUCACUGGACGCGACAGAGACUGAAGUGGUGGAGGAAAUUUGCCCUGUCUCCAUCAGACUUCAGCAGUAGUGUCGUCCCAGAGGAGGAACUGGAGGAGUCGGCGUCUCGUGGUGUGAGGAUCGUCUACAGCUUCCCAUGGGGACAGGAGCCCCUGGAGACGCUGUGCAGCAGAGGAAACACAGAGCUGCUGCAGACAUACAAAGGAGUCCGCUCCAAACUACAAUGUCGAGAUGGUCGUAAGUCAGUCCCUCACGUCGUCUCAGUAACCGGAAACAUGGACCGCGGUGUGAUGGCCUUUCUAUCCAACUCACUCCAGCAGCUCAAGAAAGAAGACAGCAAGCAGAAGCUGCUGCAGAGAAAGGUUCUGAAGUUGCAUCCCGUCUUGGCUCCAGUCAAAGUGGCUUUAGACAUUGGCAGGGGAGCCACUGUCGAGCUGAGGCAGGUGUGUGAAGGGCUGCUGCAGGAGUUUAUGGACGCUAAGAUCUCUACCUGGCCUGGGUAUCUUGAAACUCUGCCAACGUCAAUGGAGCAGCUGAACACCAAGUAUGAUGAGAUGGGAGUGCUUUUCACAGUGGUGAUCAGUGAGAACACGCUGGAGAGCGGCCUCCUCCAAGUCCGCAGCAGAGACACCACCAUCAAAGAGACCAAGCACAUCUCUGAGGUCAAGAACUUUCUCUCCAGAUACAUUUCUGCUGCCGACCAUAUCUGA